GUUUUCGUCAAACUUUAUAGAAUUUCUUUCUUUUCUCAAAAAUCUCUUCCAUGACCAUGAAAAAUCAAUUGAAAAUUUUGAAAAUCUGACUUCAGAUUCGGAUUCUCCGAUCCGAUUUACUUUCGUCAACCUUUAUAAAAUAUCGUUACUUUCUCGAAAAAACACUUUCUGGACCCUAAAAACUUAAUUCAAAAUUUUGAAAAUCUGACUUCAGAUUCGGAUUCCCCGACCUCGAUUUACUUUCGUCAACCUUUAUAGAAUUUCUUUCUUUUCUCAAAAAUCUCUUCCCAUGACCAUGAAAAAUCAAUUGAAAAUUUUGAAAAUCUGACUUCAGAUUCGGAUUCUCCGACCUCGAUUUACUUUCGUCAACCUUUAUAAAAUAUGGUUACUUUUCGAAAAAACCCUUUCUUGACCCUAAAAACGCAAUUCAAAAUUUUGAGAAUCUGACUUCAGAUUCGGAUUCCCCGACCUCGAUUUACUUUCGUCAACCUUUAUAAAAUAUCGUUACUUUUCGAAAAAACCCUUUCCUUGACCCUAAAAACUCAUUUCAAAAUUUUGAAAAUCUGACGUCAGAUUCGGAUUCCCCGACCCCGAUUUAGUUUCGUCAACCUUUAUAAAAUAUCGUUAUUUUCUCAAAAAACCCUUUCCUUGACCCUAAAAACUCAUUUCAAAAUUUUGAGAAUAUGACUUCAGAUUCGGAUUCUCCGACCCCGAUUUACUUUCGUCAACCUUUAUAAUAACGAACUUUAAAUGGAUGUUUUUUUGACCCUGAUGUUCUUUUGACCCUGACACAUACAUACAUACAAACUAUUUUUUUUCAUAUGACCCUCCUUUCAGUCGAGGGAAAAAACAACGUGCUAUGGAAUAAAGGAUUCAAGACAAAUACCGCAGACAGUACCGAUGGAAUAUGAAAUUUAACUUCCUGUCUAGGAAAAACGCAAAAAGGAGUGUUUUUCUAUUCCGUUUUAUCGUAAAACAUAUCGUGACUCACCAGUGGGUCACAUCAUCUCGAAUGUGUUAAUCUUCUAAUUGACUUUAGGACUUUUUAUCGGUUGCCUUAAUAUACUAUAUUUUUGAAAACGUGCUUUUACUCAUAGAAAAUGUUAUUGAUAUGUCAAAUUAGAAAAAUUUUACUAUUUUGUUUUUGAUAUAAUACAAAGUAUUCUAAAUGAUCAGUGUAACUAUAAUUUUCCAGAAGACUUUCUCAGAUAAGAAUAUUUGUGCAUUUUAGAAAAAAAUUAAUUCAAACGUACGUCUUAGUAUUCUUCUAAAACAAUCAUUUAAUAUACAUAGAAAGCUUCUCUUCUUAAAUCUCAUAACACUUUCUGAUGCUGAUACGAAAUGAAUGACUUUCCUAUAGUAGAGAUUAAAAAUAUCUACAAAUAACAUUGCGCAUAUCUGAUUGUUUGAUUAGUUGCCUAGUUCGGAUGUGAGUCUGAAUUGGGUGCAAAAUGAAAUAACACAUUCACCUGCUGACAGACACCCACAUAGCAGUUGUAAGUUCAAGAUUUAAUGGCUCCUCCUUCCACCCCAUUAUAGGAUUCAGUAACCGCGCACAAUAUGGUUCAGCUUCUAUAAAAUAUUUUAAUACUUUCGUAAAUAUUUAAAAAAUUUUUUUUGGAUUCACAAAUGAUGUACCAGCCUGACAAGUUUGAAGGAUAUACAUGACUUCUACAUUUCAGUUCUCCAGGAGUUGAGCUAACAAGCUUUUCUAAAACAUCUUGAUAUAAAAUUUUAAAAUAAUGCGAUUUAAUAUUACUUCUAGUUAUUCUUUGUAUGGAUCAAAAGAAAAAUCAAGAUGAGACUGAUGUUGACUGUGGUGGUAUCUCAUGUCCUAAAUGUGGAGGUAUGAGGAGUUGUAAAGUUAAUUGUGAUUGUAUUAGUGGCAUUUGCGAAAAUAAUAUAUGUGCUGCUUCUGCUUCAUGCCAAGACAAAAUAAAAAAUCAAGAUGAAACUGAUAUUGAUUGUGGUGGUAGUAAAUGUGCAAAAUGUGAAAAUUCAAAAGGUUGUAAGAAUAAUUGUGACUGUAUUAGUGGCAUUUGUACCAACGAAAACAUUUGUGGUGACUGCAUAAAAGAUUCGAUUUAUAUUCGUCUUUACAAUUCGGAUGAUGCAUUGUAUGCCAACGUGAAUAGUAAACAGGUUAAACGUAUACUUUAUAUGGAAGAUUCCGACUGGAUUAAUGUUAGUGAUUAUACUCAUGAUGGUGUCAACAAUUUUAAUUUCUUAUGCUGGAACGGCGCCAAUACAUAUACUUGGGGUUUCCAAAUUCGAAAGAAUGGUAACAUUGUUUUUAAUGACACAGCAGGAGAAGUACGUGUUAUCGGUGCAAAUAAUGAAGAUGCUUCAAAAACGAAUCAAUAUGUUUACAAUAAGACGGUUGCUGUCAACGUUAUGAAAUGUUCACCCAAACCUCAAGGUUAG